CCAGACCCGGUACCGAACGGAACACGAAGCCGGUCCAAAGAGCUUUGGUCCCGAAGCUGUCAGAUAGCCUACCAGAUAUGGAACUCCGACAGGAGAGGUUUGGGUGAAGCUACAAAGAUCCACAGACAGCUGAUGGUGGUUUCAAAGAUCGUAUUUUAGCACAGAUGUGCCUGUAAUCUUCCGGUGACGCAAGGCGCAUGCGCAGAGCUGCUUUCACAAAGAGGAGGCAAACUGAGCCAGCCUGCCAGGCUGCAUAUAAUGGGGACACCCGUCAGCUCUACAGCAUUCUGAAAAACGACCCGACCUGUCUAGACAUUCAGGACAAGCACACCGGUGACACACCCCUCAUCGCUGCCUGUCGCCGUGGUAACUUGAAUGUGGUGAAUUACCUGCUGAAAAACAAAGCCAAUGUCCACCUGACCAAUAAGAAACACAGGACAUGUCUUCAUUACGUGUCCAGAAGAACCUUCUCUUUUCUGGACUACCUGAUGAUCGCCAUCUUGAUGCCCAUCCUCUUGCUUGGAUACUUCAUCAUGCUGCAGAAACAGAGGACGAGUGAGGAGCUGAUGAAGACCUUGCUGAACAGCAGAGUCGACGUCAAUGCUGUCGACUAUAAAGGAAACUCAGCUCUUCACUACGUCUGUCUGAGAAAAAGUCAUCGUCUAGUUCCUCUGCUGCUGCAGCAAGAUGCCAAAACCGACAUCAGGAAUAAAGGCGGAGAAACCCCUCUAGACGUCGCUCGGAGACUGAAGUUCAUAAAGAUCAUCGACAUGUUGAGGAAGUCUGACUGAUGAACAGACAUGUUAAUCGAUCUAGUUACUUAGAUCAUCAAUGCCAAAACACAGAACAUGGAGCUGGGCUAGGCUAACAAUUAUUUUCUGUUUCAUAAAUGCUAUGCUGUUAGCUCCACCCAGUGCCAUUCCAGCCUCUUGAUUGGUGGCUGCAGAAUACUUAAUUUUUGGCACCAUGGACCACAAGUUUUGAGGUUUAAUGCCUAUUAUUCUGAUUUAUUAUUGCCUCUGUUGUAGAUUUUAGCCAUUUUGUUUUUGUAUUUCAUUGAGCCUUCUGAACCUUGGUAUGUUAGGGUUCAGAACUGUUGGAAACAUUACAGAAACCAUCAAAGCUAUAAAAUAAAAAACACACAGAAAAGUGGAAAGAUUUAUUACAUUUUAACACAUUUUUAUUGAACCCAAGAUUAGUGUUUUCUGUUGGUGUUCUGCUAUUCAGACUUUGACACUAUGAACUAAUGAAACUGAGUCUGAGAUGAAUCGAGGUUUUGUCUGUAUGGGAUGUUUAUCUUGUGGUUUUGGUCCUCUUCGUCUUGCUCCAAACAUCUAAUUGAUCUAGGCUGCAUAGAAUUUUAUUAAACAUUUUGUAGCGUCA